AAUCGUCCGGGAAACGAUGUCCUUUAAUGUGUAAAAUUACGUCAGAGCUGACGUUGCAGUUUUCUAUACCGGAGUCGCUUGCGCGCAUGCGUGAAGGACAUAAACCGUGGUUGCUCCACAUGACCUGAACUCAAACCGGUUCUUCCCGUUCUGCAAGGAGCCUUCAGUCUUCAUGCAUUGCGUCUUUGUUUACGGCUCCCUAAAGAGGGGCCAACCCAAUCACCCCUACAUGACAGACAGCAAUAAUGGAAAGGCCGAGUUCCUCGGUACGGCCGUCACCGUCCAGAAGUAUCCACUGGUGAUCGCUACCAACUACAACAUGCCCUUCCUCCUCAACCUCCCAGGCCAAGGCAACAGAGUCCAGGGAGAAAUCUACCAAGUGGACGGAAAGAUGCUUGAAUUCCUGGACAGUUUUGAAAAUAUCCCCACCAUGUACCAGCGAACUGCAGUGGAGCUGGAAAUCAAGAUGGCGGAUGAGAAGGAGAAGCUGAUGGCUGGAAGCAUCAUGGAGGCGUCUGUGUACAGCACCACCACCUACCAGCCGGACUGGCCAUCACUGCCCACCUACGACAACUACGACUCCAACGGAGACCACGGACUAAAAUUCAUGCUGAGGGAAGACAGAAAGUGGGCUUCAGUCAAGUGACGCUCAUAACUGCUAAUCCCCUGAAAAUCACUAAUAUACUAAAACCAAAUAGGUCUUGAACACAGGCAAUUGUUUUCUCAAAUGGAUAUUUAGGUACAGAAAGGCAGAAAAUAUACCUGAUAUGUGCAAAUCAACAAAAUUGCUUAAUGUUAAUUGAUGAACAGGCUGCAUUAGUGCUGCACUUUAUCAAGUCAGAGGAUUCCAAUGUGCUUUACAGUCAUUCACACACUUAUGGAGCUACAUUGCAGUUUCUUGUUUCCCAUGUUUUUCACAGACCUUAAGAAAAUAUCUUACUGUUCCAAAACAUUCAAUUAGCAAUAAUAAAAGUUGUAUUUCUGAA